GACUGUGAUGAAUGUAGAAGCACCAGUGGUUCGAUCUAUCUCACAUAGUCCAGUUAGAAAUAAUGAGAUAUUACAAGAAAUCGCAGAGAGAAGGCAUGAGCUUUCUAAACAGCAAUGUGAACAGCAUCACCACAUCUCAAGUCUUAAAUACAAGCUAGACAAGGAAGCCAAAGAGGCUUUACAUGCUACAAAUGCUGAAAAAUAUCAUUUAGACUAUGAAAUCAGAAAUCUAGAAGAAAGAAUAGCUGCUAAAGCCCGUCUUACAUGUGGAGAAGAGGAAAGAAUGAUAACUCGUAGGAAAUGAUACGAUCAAGAAAUUAUCGCAUUGAACAGAAAUCUGGAGCACAACGAAGACCUUAUACAAGCUUGUAAAGAGAAAAUGACCUGUGAGCUCAAAACCAGGGAAAUUGAUUUCCAUAAAGCCAUGAAUGUUAUUAGGGAUGACUAUGGUAGCCGCCUAGCUGAUAUGAAAGCAAACCAUGCACGGAUGGUUGACCAUGAAAGAAAUGAAAUCGCCAAAAGAGAAGAGGAGCUUGACUUAUUAACCCAUAAAAUCAUUCCAGAGGAACAGAGAAGAGGGGAAGAAAGCCUAGCUUUCAUUCGUAGUAAGACUUCACAACUCAGGGCUGAACUUCAAAGGCUUAAUGAUCUCUUCAAGAUCUCUGUUGAUAAAACAAAAAGACAGAAUGACAAAAACCAGAAAAUUUACGAUCAAAAUGCUGAAAUGAACAAAUUGAAGAUAAAAAUACAAAAGAAAAUGAUCAACACGAAGAAGCAGAGCGAGACCUUCAAAGAUGUCAUCAACAAGCUCGAGAAGUUUGGUUAUGGUUACCAAAAGACUUUUAAGAGAAAGACCCAAGGAAACCUGAAAAGACAAGUGACCACUAAAAAGGGCAAAAAGAGAUCUAGAUCUUUAAUCAGAGCCAAGGAAAAUAUUGGAAUUGAUUAUGCGAUUGAAGACCAUAGAAGACAUAGGGAUUCCUCCACUAAUGCUGAAUCCUCUCCCAAAAGAGGUAGAAGAACGGCAAUAAAGAGAUACAGGUCUUAUACAAGAAGUCUGAAUAGAGGGAAAGGCUCAGGCCUAGGAGUUGGUAGUACUCAUAAAGUAUUCAAGACAAAGGCAAAUAAUUUUAAUGAAGUGCUUAUUAGAGCACGAGACUUAACUGGAGAAAAUAGACACAAGCCAAAAAAGAAGUUAAAAAGGAGAAAUUAA